UUUUUCAUAUGUAAACCCAAGGCCAAAGGGUCACUGAAGGUCAUAUAGCUUUUAGUUAUAGUACUGAAGAAAUUAAUCACAAUAUAUAUUAAUGAGGAUUACCAAAAACAUUUUUUGGAUUACAGUGAAUCUUAACUAUGUUUAGAGUGUCUUUAUUCUUGUUUCUAUCUUUUACCUUUGCAUUUCUGGUUUGUGUUUGUUUAGUGAAGGCUCAGGUAUUUCUCACCCAGCUGAGGAGAGGUGGGAGCCUGGGAGAUUCUGGUGAGGGACCAUGAGAUCAAUUCGUCCCAGCACAGGUAGGAAUAAUGCUUUGAGGAGCACCACAGUCUGCCUGCGUUCUCAAAGUCCCUGAAAUUAAGCUGGUGUGAGGGGUAAGAUCUCUGUGUCGGUGGACGGGAACCUGACCAGAAAGCUGCUGGCCAUGGGAACCUCCAGGGUGAAGGUAUGGGCCGUGUUUCUCAGCUGUGUUUCUAUGUCUGUACUGUGUGGUCUUCAUGCACAGGCUCAACAAGAUUUUUCAGGUUUCCUCUCAGGUGAACAUAUGUAUGAAGGAUCAUUAGUGGAGAGAUAUGAUGAAAAUUCUGGAUACACACACCAUGUUAAUUAUCCACAAGAGUCCAGGCGCAGCGAUGAAGAUGAGCAGUCGGCAUCUGGCUUCGAUCCUCAUGCACCAGACGUCACCAUGAUCACAGAAGAGACUUACCCCUACGCCACAAACGUGGAGUCUUUUGAUUACGCCAAAGAGGAUAAAACCUUAAUGACAGAGGUUCCAUAUGGGGGUGAUGCUGAACUGGGACAGGAGGAGGGGCCCACCGAAUGCGACUGUGAACCAGGAGAGCCUGGAUUUGCUGGCUUUGCCGGCCCCAAGGGUUCCAGAGGUCUCCAAGGGAAGCAGGGGUUACCCGGGGCUCAAGGAAGAGAGGGUUACAAAGGUACCAAAGGGGUGAGAGGAAGAGGAGGGGACACUGGCCCAGUGGGCGACUCUGGACCUGAUGGAGAGGACGGUGAAUCUGGUUUCUUUGGUGCAAUUGGCCUUCCUGGAUUACCAGGGGACCCAGGUGAAACAGGCCUAUCUGGAAUAAAGGGUGAUAUCGGAAUUGAAGGUCCACGUGGAGGAGUCGGGGAAAAGGGAAAGACUGGUGCAGUCGGCUCGAAAGGAAAACCCGGAAAGCCAGGAGGUAAAGGUGUUAAAGGGUCCAUUGGAAAAACAGGGAAACAGGGUCCUGAUGGCCGACAGGGGCAAAAGGGUCAGACAGGAGCGCCUGGGUUUUCAGGGGAUCGCGGGGAGCAGGGCUACUUGGGCUACUCAGGAAUUCCUGGAGACAGAGGUGUUCGUGGACCUAAGGGUGCUAAAGGUACCGGUGGCUUGCCAGGAAGCGAUGGGGAGCCCGGAGAGGAUGGUCCCUUGGGAGUUCCAGGAGUUGCUGGUGUGCCAGGGCCUUUUGGACCUAAGGGUUUGAAAGGUGACCGUGGUGUAAAGGGACUUCCUGGAAGAUUAGGAUCUGUGGGUCCGCAGGGGGACAGAGGAGAUGCCGGAAUUCCGGGGAAGCCCGGACCAAAGGGCUUGUCAGGGCCAACAGGUGCUAAAGGGGAAACGGGACCAGAUGGUGAGAAGGGGACACCAGGAAGAAAAGGAGUGAAGGGUACUAAAGGAGAAAAGGGAGAUGCUGGUUCUCGGGGUGAUAAAGGACAGCGUGGAGUGCUGGGUCGUUUGGGCCAAGAUGGUCCCGUUGGUCCUAUCGGGCCGCCAGGAAUUCCAGGCCCCAGAGGAGAUUUAGGCCCUGUGGGAGAUGUGGGGGGGAAAGGACAAAGUGGCCCUAAAGGAGUGCCAGGUGAACCUGGUCCGGGACUAACGGAUGAACAGAUACUACAGUUGUGCCAAGGGGUGGUCAUUGCUCAGAUCUCCCAAUAUGCUGCGUCCAUACGGACCAAAUGUGCACAGGGUUGUCCGGUCAAUAACCGAACCCUCAUCGGGCCUCCGGGAAUCCCAGGAUUCCCUGGAGAUCGAGGCAAAGCUGGUAAAGCAGGAAAAGCAGGUGCCAAAGGAGAAAGAGGCCAUCCAGGCAGUAAAGGUUUAGAGGGUGAAAAAGGAGCUCAAGGUGACCGAGGCACUAAAGGGCAGAAAGGUAAAAGGGGUGACCCUGGCACAGGUCUUCCUGGACAUGAUGGUCACCAAGGCCUUAGAGGUCUCCCAGGUCAUCCAGGAGAACCAAAGGAUGGAGCCGAGGGGCCACGAGGACCUCGUGGGUUUCCUGGGCCUGUGGGUCAGACCGGCAUGGCUGGUAGUGCUGGGAUACCUGGCGUGUGCGAGGCACGAGACUGCAGCAUUCAUGCGCCUGUAGUGCGCAAAGAGAUGGGAUUGGUCAAGGGCCCUCUCGCCCAAAUCUGACAACAGUGAGGCUGUUGAAAGGCCUGUUAUAGUGUCAAGCAUUCUGGUCAUCAAAACUGUAUACCAGUAAAGGUGUUUGGAAGAUACCACGUACGGACAGUCUGACAUCGAGACAUAAAAAACUCUACUACUAGUUUCUAUUUUACUAGAUUCAGCAUUUCUCUCAGACAAAUAUAAAAAUACAGUAUAAAUAAUUACUACCAGCACUUUCAUUUUCAACAAUGUUGUUUAUUAUAAAUACAGUAGACAUGUAAAUAAUUUUGUAAAGCAUCAUACUGUGUACAUCUACUGUCUUGAAUUUUUUUCUCAUAAAAAACAAGCUUUAAAUUAUUUGGAUUUUAUGGAUGUGGAUGGCAUUCAACCUGUUCAGGCAUCAGGGCAAACUUUUCCCCUACAGUAUAUUAUUGAACAGGUGAAUUAAAAAUAUGCUUUUUUUAAAAGUGUUUUGGUCACAAGUUUUUUUUAUUAUUAUUUUAAGGUCAUCAUUUUCAAAGUAUGAAAGAUGCAAUACAAAACAAGUGGAUGGACAAUUUUUUUUAUUUAAAAGUAGGCGCAAUGUACAAAAAGUAAAAAAAAAACGUGAGCCACAGUUCAUAAAUAUAAAAACAACAACAAACAGAAAAUGUAUACAUUUUACUUGGCAGCAUUUUUUGAUUUAGUUCUAAUUUUUAUGUAGU